UUACUUUUGUAGAAUUUUCAAUCAGUGCUAAGAGUUAACUUAAUGCUGCAAUAAUGCAUGAUUUCAUAAUCCCAUCGAUAGUGGUAUUGAACUAAAACAUCUGAUCGGCAUACCAGAAGGCAACUGUGAGAAACAUAAAGAUUGACCAACCUUCAGACCAACCGCACAUAGAAUAUGAAACAUUAAAUAUGAAUGUGAGACACUGUAGGUUGUGACAAUCCUCUGAAAUCGGGAACAAAUAAGGCUAAUGUGAACAACUGUCAAAAUGAGGAGAAGACAUAUGGCUCCUUUAAAAAGGACAUUUCUUCAUUUCUUUCUUUAUUGCUUUCUCAGUGCGCUCUCAGAGCAGUUCUCUCUCAGGGACUGCAUUCUGCUUACAUCUCUCAAUGACACAGACCAUCAGAACGUGUCAUGCAGUCAUCUGGAAUUAACAAAGGUCCCAUCACCAAUACCCAUCCAUUCGGUGGCAUUGGAUAUUUCUAACAAUAGAAUCUUAAACGUAACGGUGGGAGAUUUCAGAAAUCUCUCAAACUUGAGACAGCUUUACAUAGCAAAAAACAGCAUAUCAAAGAUAGAGGAUGGAGCUUUCAAGGACCUCGUUCACCUGGAAAGGCUCAGACUGGAUACCAACAAGUUGAAAAAAGUGACCAGAGGCUGGCUACAGGGAUUAUUUAGCCUCUCAGUGCUACGACUAGAGAACAAUCAAAUUGGGUACAUUGAAUAUUCAGCUUUUGUGUCCCUUUUGAAUUUGACAAGUGUACAUCUGGAAAAUAAUCAACUUAGACACCUUGCCCAAGUCAAGUCUAUAUUUCAAUUACCAAAUUUAUUGGAGUUACUCAUUGGACAAAACAAACUUUGGGAUUUUGUGUCUCAUAACCUGUCAGCAACACCUUUGCAAAUACAUAGGCUUGAUUUGUCUUCAAAUCCAUUACAGACAUUUCAGAUUACAAACAACAUAUUUCCAAACCUCAAAUACCUCGACCUCACCUCAUGUGGUCGGUACUCGAGACCUUUCCAAUGGAUAGUUCAGAACCAAAGUUUUUUGAACUCCACAGAGAUAUUCAGUGUGGGUGGAUUUCAAACAUCUGAGGGGAUGGUUGAAAUCAUACAAACUUUCAAUUCCUCCCUAAAGACACUCUACAUUAAUCACUUAAAGACACCACAUUUUGAACAAUUUUUACAAAAGAUCUGCACUCAUGUGCAAAAAUCUCUAACUUUAAAAAACAUUAAGAUCCCCUCAUUAAGUGACCACUCGUUUAAACCUUGCCACCAAUUGUGGGAAAUAUACCUUGGGCACAAUAAAAUGCAUACUAUCUCUUCACUUGCAUUUGAAGGUCUGAAUCAACUGCAAGCACUACGCGUGUCGAAUAAUCCAAUUACUGUACUGAACAAUAUUCUAAAUGUUUUACCUAAUUUGAAACAACUUGAUAUGUCCUUUAACAAAAUAAUCCAUCUGGCCUGUUUUGACUUCAGCAAUAUAACUCGGCUGUACCUUUACAACAAUAACAUCUUAAAGAUUCAACCUUGCACUUUCAAUAAACUUACCAAAUUGGAGGUGCUAAAACUGUCUUCAAAUAAACUUGUAAGCCUUGAAAACAUUUUUAACAACAGUCUACCAAACUUGAAAGUGCUGGAUUUAGAAGGAAAUAAGAUAAGUCACGUCACCUUUGAGGUUUUCAGUGGGCUGCGUUCUCUUGAAGACUUGAUUCUUGCUAAUAAUCAGAUUAAAAGUAUUUCUAAAAAUGCUUUCAAAGGACUGAAAAGUUUAAAAAGUCUUGACUUGAAAUCAAACAAGAUCAAACAAAAAACAUUGCAAAAUCAAGGCUUGUUUCUUGGUAUGCCAAACCUAGAAGUUCUGAAUUUGGCACGCAAUUCAAUAUCAUUUAGCAGCCAGGAACUACAACCACCAUUCAUAACGUUAACGUCACUGAAAACACUGUAUAUGUAUAGUCAGAACAUGCAAAACCUGCCGUCAAACCUGCUACAAGGCCUGAAUUUAUUAUCUCAUAUUUAUGGAGGGGAUCUCAACCUUCACCAUGUGCAUCCUAACACUUUCAGUCACACUCCCAACCUUACAUUCCUGGACCUCAGCAAGAACAAGUUGUCAAUGGAAACUUCUUUAUCUCCAAGGAUGUUUCAUCCUAUCCCUGGAUUAUCGGAACUCUAUGUAACACAAAACCAGCUUCCGUCAUUAAACUUUCUACUUGGUGCGAACCUGUCUCAGCUCACAGUUCUUAAAGCCUCUGAUAAUCAGCUACAGGGAAUUAACGAGACUUUGAACCAAUCUCUUCCUCAACUGGCCUACCUCGACCUACAAAAAAACCCAUUUGUUUGUGACUGUAGCAAUAAAUGGUUCUUGGAUUGGGCCAAAAAUGACAACUACCCUCAAGUGGCAUACUUGAAUAAGUACAAAUGUAGCUAUCCAUCAGCCCUAAAGGGACAAUAUCUGGAACAGUUCAACACAGAGUUCUGCGACCUGAACUUCGAAUUCAUCUGCUUUGUCAUCAACUCCUCCCUGGUGAUUCUAACAAUGUUGGUCUCCUUCUGUUACAACUUUCUGCGAUGGCAGCUGGUCUACGCCUACUACCUUUUCUUAGCGUUCCUCUAUGACAGCAGGAAACAGCAGAGGCAGCACCAGCAAGGCUUCCAGUAUGACGCCUUUGUGUCCUACAACUCCCAGGACGAGUUAUGGGUCCUCAGAGAACUGCUGCCCAAUCUGGAAGCCGACCAAGGAUGGAGGCUGUGUCUCCACCACCGAGACUUUGAGCCAGGCAAGCCUAUCAUCGACAACAUAGUGGACGGCAUAUACAGCAGCCGCAAGACCAUCAGCGUGAUCACGCGCAGCUACCUGAGGAGCGAGUGGUGCUCCAGGGAGAUUCAGGUGGCCAGCUUCCGGCUGUUCGAUGAGCAAAACGACGUGCUGAUCCUGGUCUUCCUAGAGGAUAUCCCAACCCACCAGCUAUCUCCGUAUCACAGGAUGCGCAAACUGGUGAAGAAGCGCACCUAUCUCACCUGGCCCAAGCCUGGGGAGGACACCAGUGUCUUCUGGCAGAAGCUACAAAUGGCCAUGAACACCAAGAAAGGUGAAAACCCUAUUCUCUUGGGACAGGAGAUUAGAUUUCCUUGCCUUGCCUUCCCUGACCAUGUAGCAGCUGACUGAUAUAAAAUCUGAAGGAGCGAAACACCAUACAAUCUAUAUUUAAAUGUGUAUUGUAUAAAGAAAUUAAAUCUGUAUUAUCUACUUUAAAAAUACAUGAUCAGAUGUUUUGAUAGCUAUCAUAUACUGUACUUUGCAUUUGAAAUAUAAUAACAUUAAUUAACAUUUCUAAUUAUAUUAUCACUCUGUUUUUUUUACAAAUCUGUUCAAAUUAAGUAAAUUGUUACACUGCU